GUGUCCGAUAAGCGCAACUGGUAGAGCAGCUCGUUUCCGCGUGGAGUUUCUCACAGAUAUUUACUGACUCCGGACACAGAAUGGAUUACCGGUGGAUAAAACCAAUUUUUUUUCUCAAUGUAUUUAUGAACUGCGUAUUUAUUUCUCUUCAAAAUAAAGAAAAGGUGCUUUUGGACAUGGUGGAAUCUGGAGGAGAGUUGGGCUGGCUGACAUGGCCCGACCAGAACGGAUGGGAGAUAAGCCAGCAGCCAGUUAAUGGCACCUUCCGCUAUAACUACUUCGUUUGCAAUGUGGAAGCCCGAGAGCAGGACAACUGGCUACGUACCACCUUCAUUCAGCGUCACCCCGCCGCCACACGGGUGUUUGUGGAGAUUCACUUUUUCGUGCGGGACUGCAAUUCUUUCAGUGCAGACUCCCUUACCUGCAAAGAAACCUUCAACCUAUACACUUCUGAAGCUGAUGCUGACAUCGGUACUAGCUUCCGCAAGGGCCAGUUUCGCAAGGUGUCAACUAUUGCACCAGAUGAAGUCUCUGAUUUAGGAAAUAUGAGGAUCAAUAUAGAGACAAAGCCGGUGGAGAAUCUUUCCCGCAAAGGCUUUUAUUUGGCCUUCCAGGACAUUGGGGCUUGUGUAGCUAUCUUCUCUGUAAGGGUUUAUUACAAAACAUGUCCCGCCACAGUGAAGAGCUUGGCAACAUUCCCUGAGACAGUCGCGGUGCCUCAGGACGAGAAAAAGACACUGCGUGAGGUGGUGGGGGCUUGUGUGGAAAAUGCUGUGAGUGAGGACCAGCCACUCAUUUACUGCACUCAGGAUGGAGAAUGGGUGGUGCCUGUGGGCAAGUGCCAAUGCAGCCCUGGUUAUGAAGUUGUAGACGACACAUGCCAUGAGUGUAAGGCAGGCUUUUUUAAGGCCUCAGUGUCCAAUGAAGCCUGUAAGCCAUGUCCAGAGAACACCCACAUCUCGAGUCCUGGCGCUCUGAGCUGUCCCUGCUUGGAGGGGUUUUAUCGAGCUCCAGAGGACCCUCUGACAGUUGCGUGCUCAGGCUUACCUUCCUCUCCUAAAUCAUUGACCGCUACCACAACUCAGAUGGCCACUGGGAAGCUGGAAUUGUCCUGGAGUCCACCAGGAGAUACAGGAGGACGCUCUGAUAUUACUUAUAACGUGGAAUGCGAACGCUGCGAGGGCAGUGUGUGUCAGCCAUGCGGAGAUAAAGUACGUUACGAUCCCAGCAAUAUUGACAUAAAGGAGACCUCUGUGAUCGUUGGUGAACUGGAGCCACAUCUGAACUACACAUUCACAGUGGAGGCUCGGAAUGGUGUUUCCCAGCUCAGCUCUCAGAGAGCCACCAGCACCAUCAGAACUGCCCUGCAAUACAUAGGCCCUCCAAGUGUAACUGGAAUGCAUUUGGUAGAAAGGAGCUCUAAGACCCUGUCAUUGUCUUGGUCCGUGUCUCGCCGAGCCAAUCCCAGCAACUUCCGCUAUAAGCUCAUGUACUGCGAGAAGGAUAAGGAUGAGGCGAAGACCGGUAAAACGUACACUGUGCUGGUUCUGGAUAAGAACUUUGUUGACAUCAAAGAUCUUUCUCCAUCCACAGUUUAUCUUUUUCAAGUUCAAGCUCUUAGCCAUGAAAGCAACGUGGGCAGCAAUAGUGUCGAGGAGGAGUUUUCAACACUGCCAGAAGUUGGAAACACAGCAGUGAUUCUUGGAGCAGUGGCAGGAGGAGGUGCCAUACUCUUCAUCGUGCUGGUAGUCCUGCUCCUGUGCAAACGCCGAAAAAAAUCACACACAAGGCAAGGACCGGAGGACGCUUAUUUCUCCAGCUCAGAGCAACUGAAGCCUCUUAAGACUUACGUUGAUCCUCAUACAUACGAAGACCCCAACACGGCUGUGCUUAAGUUUGCCAGCGAGAUUCAUCCGAGUCACAUCACCAAGCAGAAAGUCAUUGGAGCAGGUGAGUUUGGAGAGGUUUUCCGAGGCAUCCUGAAAGCUCCUGGACGAAAAGAGGCAGCGGUGGCCAUUAAGACGCUGAAGCCAGGUUACACUGAGAAACAGAGGCAGGACUUCCUAAGUGAGGCCAGCAUCAUGGGCCAGUUCUCUCACCAAAACAUUAUUCGCUUGGAGGGUGUGGUUACCAAAUUCAAACAUGCUAUGAUCAUUACUGAGUACAUGGAAAAUGGUGCAUUGGACAAAUAUCUGAGGGACCACGAUGGUGAAAUGUCAUCCUUCCAGUUAGUUGGCAUGCUCCGUGGCAUUGCGGCAGGCAUGAAGUACCUCUCAGACAUGAGCUAUGUACACAGAGACCUGGCUGCUCGAAACAUCCUGGUCAACUCCAACCUGGAGUGCAAAGUUUCCGACUUCGGUCUGUCCCGGGUUCUGGAGGAUGAUCCAGAGGGCACUUACACCACUAGUGGAGGAAAAAUUCCCAUUCGCUGGACAGCUCCAGAGGCUAUUGCUUACAGGAAGUUCACCUCGGCCAGUGAUGUUUGGAGCUUUGGCAUAGUCAUGUGGGAGGUAAUGGCGUUUGGAGAGAGGCCCUACUGGGACAUGAGCAACCACGAGGUGAUGAAGGCCAUUAAUGAAGCGUUCCGCCUGCCUGCUCCGAUGGAUUGUCCUUCUGCUGUGUACCAGCUCAUGCUACAGUGUUGGUUGCAGGAUCGUUCAAAAAGACCUCGUUUCCAGGAUAUCCUCAGCCUACUUGACAAACUCCUAAAGAGUCCUGAAUCUCUCAAAACCAUCGCGGACUUUGACCCCCGAGUUUCUAUCCGGCUUCCAAGCACCAGUGGCUCUGACGGCUCUCCCUUCAGGUCUGUGUCUGAAUGGCUGGAGUCUAUUAAGAUGAGCCAGUACAGCGAAAACUUCAGCAUGGCAGGCAUCGUUAGCAUGGAGCAGGUGCUGCAGAUGAAGAGCGAGGAUAUCCGUAACAUCGGCGUCCGCCUGCCAGGACACCUGAAAAGGAUCGCCUACAGUAUCUUGGGACUUAAGGACCAGACUAGCACCCUGAGUGUAUUUGCUGUGUGAGGCACUCGCCACUACAUGGACCACCAAAACUCUCUAGCUGACUUGAGAAAACUCGGAACUGAAAGCUACCCUGGCCUUGGGCUGCGGCGACAGCCUUACAACCUGGGCUCUACCACCCUCCAGCUUAACAAGAUGGACUCUCAUUGCAAUGGAGCCUUAUAGCAGAUUUGAUAUAAGUAUCAAAAUUGGAGGAGAAGGGUGGACAAAGUAAAAACACGCAAACGACAUAUCAGUCAGAAUGUUUAUAUUGGUAACCUAUUUUUACAAAACAUUGUUUUAUUUUUUCAAGAGAAGUAAUGCUUUCUUGGCAGGAAGCUCUGAAUCUAAUCAGCAAUCAUGCAGAAAAUCAGAACUAUCAUUCUUCCAGAGGUUGGGCAUUUGUCAUGUCUAAUUUUGAUUGAUCUUUCAGUUUACUUUGUGCUGUGGCACCAUGUCAUUCUCAUUCUCAUCUCAGCGUGAUCCUUAACAUGCUGAUAAGGAGGAAGCUCAGUGAAUCUGAUGGUCUUCAUUUGAGGUGAUGAUUGCAGGACAGUCUAUGAAAAGCAGAAUACAACACAGGCCAUAAAGGGUCCUGUUGUAAUGUGGGCUGGCCAUUGGUUUGAUGGUUAGAAGUAAGUUUGACAUAGUGCAGUAGCUUUACAUUUCUAUGCUUUUAAAGAAAUGGCAAGGUUAAAGUUCAGUCUUAAUUCACUGUGCUUUCAGCAAGCAUGAGCAAUACAAAAUGAGCACUUAAAUGCUAAAUAUUUCAGUGGCUGAACGGAUUCAGCUUAAGUGCUGGGCUUUUCUUUAUCUCGUGUUUCAUUUAAUAAUUAUUUUCCUGUGACAUUCAGUAGAAUACUUGAGGUUAUAAUUCUGCAGUGUCAUAUCAGAUGUAAUCUUUCUGUUUGUAUUAUGUGUGGACCAAAUGAUAGUCCAAACAAGCAAAAAGAAACUGCAAGAAGUCCAGGAGCAGUAGUAGUAGUUGUAAUAUAUCUGAAUAAGAGAUCAAUUUGUAUUUUUGUAUAUUGUACUUUUCGGCACAUUCAUAUAAUGCAGAUUUCCUGGGUUUUUUAUGGAACCAAUAGUUAUAGAAUGAAAUGCUUUAACAUGCAUCGACUACAUUGUAUAAGACUUUGCAAAACUGUCUUGUUUGGUUAAAACCUUUGCUUUCCUUUAAUUUCUGGAUAGUAAUGGGAAUAUGUCUUGGUAUGAUAUGGUAUAUGGCCUUGUAGUGCCUCGCCAUAGGAGUUCUUUUAAUUCCUACUAAAUCUAGAAAUUGAAUGCAAGUGAAUUUAUCCAACAAUUAUUGGUUUUGUUGCUGUUUAUUCUGCGAGUGUGAUAUCUGGAUAUUCACACAAAAAAGCAAACGUAAUUGCAAUUUUGAAUUUAUUUUUUGAAUUAUUUUUAAUGUUUAAUAUUCCUCUGUCUUGCUUUCUUACAUUCAUUGUGUUAAGAAAAAAAAUGGCCUACAAAGCCUCACACAUUGGCAUGUUCUCUCCUAAAAGAAAUAUUUGGCAAACUGUCUUGUACUUUAUUUAAUAGUGUAUUUAUUUUUCUUUUAUUUAUUACUGUUAAAACUUUGAGCUGGGAUUUUUUUUGUAAUUGAUGUUAUCGGUCACAAUAAAAAUCUUUGUAGUCUUCUGUCAUUGAA